GAUUCACAGAAAUUCUCCCAUCCUCAAAAGCCUAGUUUCAGAAUCAUCAUUUUAGGUUAUCAAUGGAAGGAACAGCAAGUGCAAAUGUUGUUAGCAAGGGAGGAAGAAAAGGUGGUGACAGAAAGAAAGCCUUAACAAAAUCUGCUAAAGCUGGAUUGCAAUUCCCAGUCGGAAGAAUCACUCGUUUCUUGAAGAAAGGUCGUUACUCUCAGCGUCUUGGCUCUGGUGCUCCCGUCUACAUGGCUGCUGUUCUUGAGUAUCUCGCUGCUGAGGUAAUAGAAUUAGCCGGAAAUGCUGCAAAAGACAACAAGAAAGCACGAAUCAUACCAAGACAUUUAUGUUUAGCAAUAAGGAAUGACGAAGAGUUGGGGAAAUUACUCGCUGGUGUUACAAUUGCUAGUGGUGGUGUCCUUCCCAACAUUAACCCCAUAUUGUUACGAAAGAAGAGCGGAAAAGCUGAGGCAGAGAAACCCUCUACUCAGAAAUUUCCAGGAAAGACUGUUGCUUCUAAAUCUCCAAAGAAGUAAAAGUAGGAUCUAGUUACUUAGUAGUAGUGCUCAUAACUUAUUUGGGUUUAUUAAUACUGAAUGUGUAAAUAAUGAAAAAAAUCUACGUAGGGUUCAACUUUCGGUAUAAUACCUAAUCUUUAAUGAAACAUCGUCUUCUUCAAAUACAGUUUCUCCAUCUGUAAGAGUAAUCAAAUUUGUAGUUUCUUA